CUCUGGCUGUGCGUUUCCUGACCCGGCGCUUCAUUGGGGAGUAUGGAGACACGGAAUUCAUCUACAGCCACACCCUGACUAUGGAUGGCCGAGAGAUUCUCUUCCACAUCUGGGAUGUUCCCAAUUCCCAGGAGCAGGCAGAGAAGGGCUCCUCGGAGGAGAAGCGAAUCCAGUGGGCAGACAGCUUUGUCCUGGUCUACAGCAUCUGUGACCGUGACAGCUUCAACCUCCUGCCGCUCAAAAUCCAGUUCAUCAAGGCAGCCAAGGAGAGGCAGAGCCAGGAGAAGGUGUCCAUCGUCAUUGUGGGCAACAAGCGGGACCUACACCACCAGCGGGUGGUGUCCAGCGAGGAGGGUCGGCUCCUGGCCCGCUCUUUAGACUGUGGUUUCUACGAGGUCUCUGCAGCCGAGGCUUAUCACGGAGCCCUCAUGGUCUUCCGUGGACUGGCCGAACGCAUCCCUGACACGAAACUGGCCCUGAAAAAGGGUACAGGGAUCCGUGGCAUCGUCAAGACCAUGUCAGCUGUGUUUGCCCGUAAGCGAACGGACUCCCUCUGA